CCCGCCCCCAUCCCCGCCCCCCGGACCAAGCCAAAAUUUGCAGGCAGCGCCUCCUUUUACGACAGGGUGGAAAGUAGCUUGCGCUGUACUGAGCCGGACAAUCAUGGGGAAAAUCGCGCUGCAGCUCAGAGCUACGCUGGAGAACAUCACCAACCUCCGGCCGCUGGGCGAGGACUUCCGGUGGUACCUCAAGAUAAGUCUGGUUAUAUCUUUGUUGAGGCUGGUUGUAAAGAUGGAGAGUGUCAGUAAGAAGGACAGUGUGGCAUUGAAGGGAGGCCGUGGCAGUGCCUCUAUGGUCCAGAAGUGCAAGCUGUGUGCACGGGAAAAUUCCAUCGAGAUUCUGAGCGGCACCAUCAAACCUUAUAAUGCUGAAGACAAUGAGAAGUUCAAGACAAUUGUGGAGUUUGAGUGCCGGGGCCUCGAACCAGUUGAUUUCCAGCCGCAGGCGGGGUUUGCUGCUGAGGGUGUGGAGUCAGGGACAGUCUUCAAUGACAUUAAUCUGCAGGAGAAGGACUGGACUGACUAUGAUGAAAAGGCUCAGGAGUCUGUGGGAAUCUUCGAGGUCACACACCAGUUUGUGAAGUGCUAAACCCCCUUGCUGCCUACUUCUCCUUAACAACUGGGAAGAGACAAAGUGCCCCAAGCAGUAGCACCUGCAGAGGCUGGUGCCUGUGUCCCUCAUCUCUUGGCAGCUGUACUGUGCCCUGUUGAUCUGCAUGCUGGGCUUUGUCUUAGCUCCUAAGCCUCACCAAUAAGCCCCUGUUCUUGCUGCCCUGGUGCGUGAAGGAAGAGUCAGGAAGCAGCCCCUCCUUCCACAAAUAAAAAUGGGCACUGGAAGGCUCAGCUUUCUGGGCUCAGCUUUCUGGUGCCUUCUUUUGGUCCUGAGUCCCUGAUCCACUUUGCAAAACAUGCAGGAGCACAUGCUUCUAAUGGCUCUCCAAUCAUGGAGAGUGGGACCCAGAGGACUGAAGGUGUCAAAGCCAUGGCAAAAAAGGCCAGGGAAGCCUGUGGAAUGGUGCCAUGAGCCGAGCAGUCCUGAGCCAAAACACUGCAUUUACCAACUUGCCUCUCAGGUAAACCCAAACAUCUGUUAGCUGGUGUCACUUCAGCAGCUCACUCCUGGUCUAUUUCCGCUCUGCAUAAUUCCUGGCUAAUGGUCAUCAGAUCUCUGCUCACUUGCUGUGAUGGGGCACUCUCGGCUCAUCUGGAGCAUCAGAUUGAAAGUUCUUCCUUGUGUUGAGGCAGGCUCUGUGCUCCCUGAAGUUCUGUGGAUCCUGGUUUGCCCGCUGUGGCCACACUUACAUGUUCUUCUGCCUCCAGGCAGUACUUUGGCGUUGUGAAGAGAGUAGUCAAGAGCUGCUCAUGGGCCCAAGAUCCCCACACACCAGACAAGUGCUAGGCCAUGAGAGGAUCCACGUGCCUCCACUCUGGUGAACCCACCAUUUGUAAAACCUGUUACCACAGAUCUUAAUUCACUCUUCUGCUGGAACUGGGAAUUCUUUGGAAGAAAAAAUAUCUGUGGCUACCACUUUCUGUGAGUGGGAAAGGGUCUGCCAACUCCCAGGCUGGCUGUGGGGCUCUAGGAAGUAAAUCUUUGGUUUCAGGCAAAGUUGGCUGUGUGCAGGGGUGGUAAACAGGUCCCUACCUUGUCCCUCUUUCAGUCUGGCAGCCACAUUGUAUCCUCUAAAUCACGUGCAUUUCCUGUUGCCUGGUCUCUUCUGCAUCUGACAGCAGGACUUCUGCAGUCCUCCCUCAGCCUGCCCCUUGCCCACUGCCCAAUGCACUAUCUCGACUGGAAGCCAGUCACACAAGGAACACAGGGUGGGGGAAGCAGCUUUUCUUGCUUUUAGUCUCUGUAUCAGCCAGCAUGUAAGUUCAAGAAGUCAAACACUAAAGAGGUCAAGAUUUUCUUAUAUUUUAAAAUAUUUUGGUUAUGUCAAGAGGUAGGAGAACUCAAGUGGUCAUAACAGGUUAAAAGAAAACUGGAAAAGAAGAAAAGAUAUUCAGUAAAAUUCAUUACCCAUUUAACAAAUCAAACUCUUAGCAACUAGGAAUAAAAAGGAACUGUCCUCACCUGACAACAGAUAUCCACAGAAAACCUAGAGCAAGUGCCAUGUUUAAUCAGUGAUGAAGUGUUUGAAGUACUACACUCAAGGUCAGGAGAGACGAGGAGCCCUCAACCAUGGCUGCUGUUCAUUGUGUUGGAGGUGCCACUGGUGUGGUACGAUGAUAAAGGUGAAAGGACAGAGAAGGGAGAAACAACUCAGUUCUUCACAGAUAAUGAUUUUCUGCUAGUCCAAAAGAAUUAACAGGUGCUAGGUUUAAGAUUAACUUACAGAAAUUGAAUGCAUUUCAGUACACUACUGAUAAUUCAAGAAAAGAUAAUCACAAUACCAACCAAAAGAUAACCCGCUCAAAGGUAACUAAAAAGAACUUUCUAUCACAUCUACAAAGAGAGAUUCAUUACUGAAAAAUAGAGACUAAAUAAAUGAAGAUCUGCAGUACUGAUGGAUAGGAAGGCUUGAUACGAUAUUAUAAAGAUACUAUAAAGUUGAUAGAAUGAGUUUGUAAGUUCUUACUGAAGUCUCAACUUCUCUAGUGGAAUUUGAUUCUGAAAUCUAAAUUGCACAGAUGGGAGAGUUCCCCUGCCAGCUAUCACGGUGUAUUUAUAAGGCAGUGACAAUUGAGCCAGUAUGGUAUUGGCACUGGAUAUCCAAAUAGCCCAGGAGAAUAGGAACUAAAGGGACCUGUUGAUACAUGAAAUUGAUAAUGACAUGGUGUUGCAGAUCAGUACAUUAACUCAUCAAUAAAUGUGCUGAAGUAGUUUUGUUCAAUUUUGUAUAAUAAAGUAAGUUUGGAACCCUA